UUUUCAUGCGUGCGCUUAUCCAUGCGUCUUCACGUUGACCGAAUUUGUACGAGGAGUUUACCAACCCUCAGAGAGGUAGUCCCUUGGCUCGGCCCUUGUAUGUAUCUAGGCCUCUAUUCGUUCUAGCCAACUCAACACCAACCGCCCGACAAAUAGAGUCCCAAACAAGGACGACGAGGUCCAAUGGCUGCUCGCGAGGACAUGUCUCCGAUGUUGCCACCUCCCGGCGGUGAUGGUACUUCUAUUGCGCAUCAUCUCGCCGAAGACGAGUUUCCUCGUGAAGUAAAUCUGCCCCAUGCAACUGCGGAAGUUGCGGCCCAUCAGCUGCAACAUGCCAAUAUAGAAGUGCCCACCGACCCCGCCAUCUUCGACGUGGAAGAGUUUUCGCGUCAGCCCUCCGACUACCACCCCUCGCCCAUCACGUCGAACCGCGGUCCACUGAAACCUCCUGUCUCCUCGCUACCGCCAACUUCGGUGACGCAGCAUAGUACGAUGACCGCAACUCCGCCGAUCGUUCUGAGCACGGGUCGUGUUCUUGGACCAGGUACAACUAGCGACGGCGUGGUGGGUUUCGCGCCCAACAGCUCUGAGGACGAGAGCCAAAGCAUGUUGGGAGGUGGUUCUCAUCUGAGUAGUAGAGGACCAGCGUAUUUUUCCAAGCCUCCGCACAUGUUGACAUCAUCUUCACCCGCGAUUGCACUUGGAGGAAACAAACCCGUAUUCCUGUUUUCCGAUCUCAGUAAGAAAACGUCGAAAAUAAACCUGUCACCAACCCCAGCCGCCGAAGCAAUGGCUAGUACACCGCAUCAAUUAAUACAUGGACCUCCUGGUCGUGCGCCGACCAUGCCUUCACCUGCGUCAGCCGCAAGCAAAACCCCUUCGGAAGUGAGUGGGGCAGGUGCUGCUGUGAUCGUUGGGACCGGUGCGGCGAGUUCGAGCAGGUCGAAAACGGAGGCUGUUGCACCUCCCGUGCUCUUGCUUCCGCCUGGAGCAGGCGCAUUUCAGCCAGCGCCGCGAGCUGUGCUUUCCGGUGGAGCUCCUGCGCCGUUGCCGUCAAUUGGAAAAAUUAUGAUGCCGACGUCGAACGUGAGUAGUUUCGAAUUCGAUGCCGUACCAACAUCGCAACAUCAAAAGGAAGGACUCCUCGGCCAACAGCCACCUGUUGCACCUUUAUCGUCUGCGCACUUCGCUCGAACGGGCUCCUUUCAAACGGCUGAAGCCGCGCUCGAGGACACUGGCAACUAUAAUUUUCGUGUCCAGCAAAACCAAAAUCGUGGGGGAGAGACGAAGGGCAGCUCGCUUGGCGGUAAGGAAUUAAACUACAUGGGACCAUCUUCUUCUUCGUUCCAAUACGAACAUCAACAAGUGCCCAACUUCGCUGCAGCAGCUUCGUCCAACGCUGAUGCUACGACAGCCGAUGAAAACUUUGCAUCCAUUGCUGGUAAAGGAGUUGUUGGUGUAGGUGUUGCUGGCCCUCGAGGCGGCCUACCGGCUAUGAUGCUUGGUGGACCUGGUAGUACAAGAGCCGGGCAGCUUCAGCAGCUGCAGCAGCAGCCCCCGACUUUCACCUUUGGAGCGCCUGCCGCUGCUGUAGGAACCACGGCCGGACCGAUUAUACCCUCCUCGUCCUACGCCGGCCCACCUCCUGGCAGUAGCACAGCCCCCGCACUGGCACAAGGUGUUGAAAACAAGCCGCCGCGGUCGCAUCUGCUGGAAGUGGGAUUUUCCGAGUUGGAAAUGUAUGAGGGAUCGAAAUUUCCACCGAAAUCUAUGUUCACCAAAUCCAAGUAUGUCGUGCUUUCCCGCACGCUGCCACGACAGGAGCCGCUCGCCAAAUUGCGCUGGCCGGCCAAGGAGUCGGACGUGUUGCUCAGCAAGUCCGCAGUGACGGCGAGGCCCGGGGACCGCGUGUUUUCGCAGCCGUUUGACCACAACAACAUCUUCACGGAUGGAGAUGGUGAUGGGUCGACUGACGGAGGUGGGAAAAAGCAAAAGCAGAUUCGAAUCGAGUUCGACUUUGGAACAUCAGGGAGCAAAACACGAAAUUCGGGAAAAUCUCCCAUAUCGGGAGACGCGGUUGACCGGCGGCCAGAUUGGGAGAGCCAGGCGGCGGUUGCAAGUUACCCGCUGGAGUAUCAGAAAAUUAUAAGUGCGCAUGAUCAUUUCACCGGACCACAGGCACAGGCAUCAUCGGCAACAGCGUCUUCAAGAAGUAGUACAUCUGUCAACAAGAAGCGAAAAAUUUCUCUUGAUGGCCACGGGUCGUCCUCAUCGAGUUGCGCGACUGGCACCCUGCGGGAUUUUGCCCAGCUGGACGAGAAGCGGUGUCAGGAGGAGCCAAAUUUGCUACUGCUCCGACCCACGAGCGCACAUGAGUUUCUCGUUCUAGACGUUUGGUUGCUUACCGAGUCUAUGACUUCUUCAGAACAACUAUUCCCUGAAAAUUAACCAUCCCGAUCCAAUUUGUCAUGCGAAACAUGUAGUGAAGUCUGUGUUUGUCAUGCAAAAAGUGCCUGGGGAUGGUUAAUUUUCAUGGGAUAGCAACGACUCGUCGGGAGGGUAUCCCUUGACCUGCGGGCAGCGCUGCAGGUACUUACAACUUACACAUGCUGAAUUCUUAUGUAUUGACGAAGUACAAAUGAAGGGCCGCAAGGCCCCAUGCAGUGGAUUCAUGCUGUGUCGAAACAUAGUGGACGUCGGAAUGUUCGAACUAGUGAAUGGCUCAAGCUUGAUUGGGAUUUUGAACAGCACUGACCAAGACCGCCAUUCUCUUUUUGAUAUCACGAGUACCUAUCAAAAUCGUCCAGGGUUUCUCCUACACCGAGCAGGAGCACGGGCACCCCAUUUACGCCAAAGACCUGGAGCUAGUAUGCAUUGCAAAAUUAUCGUACUAGUAUAAAUUGUAAUUGCAUCACAAAUUUUGCAUAAAGGAAAAGUGAAAUUUGUCAUGCUGACUCACCUAAAAAGGGACAUUUGUCAUGCCUGAUCGCAAUUACUACGAGCGCGAUACUUUUGCACAGAAUAGCUAGUCGGCCGCGUUUAUCUCCAAAGCGUUCGUUACCGCGCCGCCCCGGAACCGGUGACCAGCAUUUUCAGCGCAAGUCAGUCGCAGACGGAAAUCUCUCUCGAGUGGCAAGUCUUCGACGACAGCCAGGUGUCGUCUUUCACGGUCUUUUAUCAAAUGUAAAAAUGUCUGGGUCUGGAAGAUUGCCAGGUUUGUCAUGCACAUUUUGCAUGACUCCUGCUGUCUGUGAUGCAUGCCCUAGCAUCACAGAUUUCGUGAGGGCUUCCUGACGCCUAUACCGCAUGACAAAUGCUCUUUUCGUGUAGCAAGACUUGGACUCUCUGUCUCUUUGCUACUCAUGCAAUACAGAUUUUUUUAGAAUCCAAAAUCAGCAUGACAAGUCGGAUUCUUCCAGACCGAGACAUUUUUACGGUUGAUAUCUUUCAACGCAGCGCCAGCGCCGACCGCAACACCUGGGAAGUCGUCGCGGACUGCGUGCGCGAGCCGCGCUUCGUGGUGAGGGAAAAUUUGGUUGGGAAUUCCGACUAUCACUUCCAAGUCACCGCAAACAACCAGUGCGGGGUGGGAAUGCUGGACACCAAAAACAGCAGCGGGCUUUCUGUGAAAACGGCUCCAACCGUGCCGGAGCCGGUUUCUGCGGAGAGCUUUACACUGGAGGCACCGGCGAAGAAGGUACUUCUAUCAAGGAUUUUUAUUCUUCUUUUGAGUUUUUUGUUGCACCACGACUUACAGGCCCAUUUUUAAUAUAAAUAAAUUUUCCCCGCGACCGUUCCACCUUCAGUUCAGGGUCACCUUCGACGUGUAGUUUUAUUUUGUUCGCUGUGAAUGAAAGUAGAUCUCUGACACCGGCAAUAAAUCAGGACCGCCUGGAACUUUCCUGGCGUCGUCCGCGCACCGACGGGGGGAGCAGGAUCUUGUUUUACCGCGUUUGGAUAUGAAAGUGCACAAUUCCCCCUCGUUCUCAUUUCUCAUGCAAAAUCGCAAUUUCAGUUGUUCCCUUGUAUCACUAUUUAUGCAUGAGAAAUUCUGGAAACCCAAACAGUACCACGUUAGGUUCUUUUUAGAUUUGUCAUGCAUAGGCUCCAUGUGAGCUGGUGUUUGUAUUGCUGUUCAUGCCAUACAAAUGAGGGGCUGUGCACUGUCAUAUUGGAUGUGCAAGAUUGCGAACUGCUCCUACUGGACGGAUUUGAUGCCCAAAGACACCCUGUGGACCGACCUGGGCAUAUCCUGAGCAAAAACGUCACCACCCCAUAGUCACGAUGGGAAAUUUGCUAGACAAAUCAGCCAACUUUGGUUGUUGCACAUGACAAGUUUGGCCCCGUAGUGUCAUCGUGUGUAGCAAGUUCAGCAGCGUGGUCACAGAUCUUGCGCAUCAUGCCGCUUUGAGCAUGACAAAUUCCAAAACGCGCUUAGACAAUGCCUCUCAUGGGGCUCCGCAUGAGAAACAUUUUUCAGCAUGCGGAUUUGCAUUACAAAUAGGGGAUGAUGGUGAUGGCACCUCGGUGUCUGCCUGACCUACCCCCCCUGCGUGUCAAGCCAUCUGCGGCCUGGGGCAGAGGGGGUGGCAAAGUGUGCUGCAAUUCCUUUGGCAUUACAACUACGGGGUGGGGACGUUUUUAGAUACGAUAGGGCAGCGUGUCCAGCUACGACAACGAGGGGACGUGUGACACCUUUGCCUGCAAGGUGGAGCCCGUUGUGAAGACGUCCCGCUAUUCCUUCCGGAUUUUCGCCGUGAAUCGGGUUGGAUACUCGAAGCCGAGCGCCACAGAGUUGAAAGUGGUGUAUGUGUAGUAGUUUUCGCCUUUUCAUCUUGGCUCGCUACCUCCUUUCUUGCAAUUGAAAGAGACUGCGCCUAAUGUUCUCGGCCGAGAGAUGUCGUCGAUUAUUGGACACACACACACACACACACACACACCAAUCCAUUAUGAAGAACAUGAAUAUGAUCCCAGUACCAGUUUGCUAUCAUACACGCCACGAGCAACGUGAAGGUAAAACUGAUUCAGG